CGUCUGCUUUUAUAUAAGGCUGGGUGGCAGGCGGCCGCCGAUGGCGUUUGGUUGGGCCCUGUCGGCCGUGCGAACAUGGGCAGCGUGGUUUCCAAUCAGCAGGAUACGCCCGAUCCCAAGACGGGGCUGACGCCGCGCGAGAAGAACCUUGUGCGGGAUACCUGGGCUCUGGUGCGCAAAGAUGUCAAGAGCAACGCCGUAGCAAUCUUCCUCAUGUUGUUUGAGAGACAUCCACCCUACCAGAAGCUAUUCUCGGGCUUCGCUGACGUGCCUGCGGACCAGUUGGCGUCCGAUACUCGCCUGGCAGCGCACGCCAUGUCCGUGGCAUACGCCUUGACAGCACUCAUCGACAACCUCGAUGACGCGGACUGCCUGGUCGAACUUGUUCGAAAGACUGCAACCAACCAUACAAGGAGACCCGUCACUCUACAACAUUUUGAGAACUUGAUGGUUGUCAUUGUGGACACACUCAAAGAUCGACUGGGGAACAAGAUGACGCCUGCUGCUACAUCUGCCUGGGAAAAGACACUGCGGCUGGUCGUCAAAGUCACGGAAGAUGUCUACAAGCAGCUGGGAAAGUAACGCUCCUACGCAACAUCACCAACGGGACCAUGCAUUUGCCACCAUCUUUUCUUUUUAUUUUGCACGUUUAGUGGCGCCCCCACUGUGCAAGCCGUGGAAUGAGGUUAUUUCACGCACACAAAAAAAAAAACUGCUACGGUGCGGCAUGUGUAGGAUAAUGUAGAUCCAUCUCGGUUCAAAAUGACAGACAUCGUCGUAACAAGAGGGAGGUCAGAAUGCCUUUAGUCCCGUGGGUUACAUAGUUCUGUUGCCUGGCAUAUUUAGGAUGCUCCUUCACAGGACCAUGUCAGGGGGAGGGAGAGAAAAUGAGAUUAACUGUUUGGGGCAUUCUGGUACCUAAUUUCUGAACUCAUUAAAUUUUGUAAAUUUAUACAAGUACCCCACCCAGAGUUAAAUUGUGGCAACUAAAGUACAAAGUAAACCUAUAAUAACUGUACCUUGUAGGUUUGACGCAAAUGUUGACAGAGAGGGCCAGGUACCUCCUCGGAAAGCGGUGGCCAGAUGUUGCAUGUUGCGCAGCUUUCUAACUCGACCGAACGAAAAGAAACUGUUCGGAUGUCGCACUCGCCAAUUUGUGUCUGCUUUUUUUGCAAACGUUUCCAAUAAAUUUUGUACAAAACCGGA